AGAGCUCUGGAUGCGCGGAUUAUACCGCUACACUGAAUUUGACCUCAGCAUCACUCCAUCCACGCUCCAUCACUCGCAAUGUGGAUUUAACGUUUUUUUUAGACAAUUUGUAGAAUAAAUCGGAUUCUCCGUCGGUGGAGUACUAUCUGCAUCAUAUGAGAUCAGUCAAAAGAAGGGCCAAUGUGGCCAUUAACAUGUGGCGAUAUAAUAUAAUCAGAACCAAUAUGGAGCAUCUCUGUUUUAAUCCAGAAAGUCGACUCAAGGGAACAUCAUCAGUAAAGCCUAUCUAGAUAGCAGAAGGUGAUCAGUUGUUCACUUCUAAUCUAAAGGCUAUUUGGUCUUUUUUGGAAUUCAUCCUGGUACCCCUAACAGGAUUUAGGAUAGCAUGUGUCAAGAACCUCAAUGGCCACACCUUCUUCGCUCAUAUGUUUGUCAUCUAAAGGAUUUGACGUUUCUUCAAUGAUCUUCACAUAAUUUGCCAGAAAACAUAACAUUAUUUUGUUCAGUGCACUCUUGUAGCAUAACCACUGGUUACCAUGCCUCCCAUUUGCCGGCCCCAUUGUGUACUCUUACUGCUCAGCACCUUCCUGAGUCUUGGUUUGGGCCUGGAGUUCACAGGCUCAGAGGGUCAGUGGGCACGCUAUCUACGCUGGGAUGCCAGCACCAGAAGUGACCUCAGAUUUCAGUUCAAAACAGCUAUAUCAGAUGCUCUGGUUCUCUACUUUGAUGAUGGAGGAUAUUGUGACUUCCUGCUCCUGAGCAUUGAGGAAGGCAAGCUGAAGUUGCGUUUUAGCGUGGACUGUGCAGAAACCACUAUAACCUCCAACAAGAUGGUAAACGACAGUCGCUGGCACUUUGCCACCAUCAGCAGGCACAACUUGCGAACCGUGUUGGCACUGGACGGAGAGUCAAAGGUGGAUGAGGUGAGACCGCAAAGGCAGUUCAUGAAGAUUGUCAGUGACCUGUAUCUUGGAGGAGUGCCUCAAGACAUUCGGACAUCUGCCCUAACACUUCCAGCGGCUAAGGAGAUGCCACCGUUCAAGGGGAUUAUUACAGACCUGGGUUACGGGAAUCAGGUUCCAACACGCCUAGGGAGCCAAAAGGUCCGGUUAGAGAUGGAAGGCUUGUGUACGGAGAACCCCUGUGAAAAUGGAGGCAGUUGCAGCAUGGCUGACGGUGAAGCUUACUGUGACUGCUCCAAAACAGGAUAUGUAGGUCGUUACUGCAAUGAAGCUGUCAACAAAACCCCUGGGUUCGCGCAUAUGGUGAAGUCUCCACAAGCACGCGAGGACAACAUGGCGACAUUCCGGGGUUCGGAGUACUUCUGCUAUGACUUGUCUCAGAAUCCUAUCCAGAGUAGCAGUGAUGAGAUCACUCUGUCCUUCAAAACUUGGCAACGCAACGGUCUCAUCCUCCACACGGGCAAGUCGGCUGACUACGUUAACCUAGCGCUGAAAGACGGUGCCGUUUCGUUGGUCAUCAACCUGGGCUCAGGAGCCUUCGAGGCUAUCGUUGAGCCUGUCAAUGGAAAGUUCAAUGACAACGCCUGGCAUGACAUCAAAGUGACACGCAACCUGAGACAGCACUCAGGCAUUGGACACGCUAUGGUGACUAUAUCAGUGGAUGGUAUAUUGACCACCACAGGAUACACUCAGGAGGACUACACUAUGCUGGGCUCAGAUGAUUUCUUCUAUGUGGGGGGAAGCCCAAGCACUGCCGACCUGCCUGGAUCUCCAGUCAGCAAUAAUUUCAUGGGCUGCCUAAAAGAGGUGGUCUACAAAAACAACGACAUACGACUGGAACUCUCUCGCCUGGCUCGCAUCGCAGACCCCAAGAUGAAGCUACAAGGGGACGUGGUGUUUAAAUGUGAGAAUGUCCCCACCCUAGACCCUAUCUCCUUUGAGACACCAGAAUCCUUCCUCAGCCUGCCCAAGUGGAACACCAAGCGUGUGGGCUCCAUUUCCUUUGACUUUCGCACUUCAGAGCCCAACGGACUAAUCCUUUUCACUCAAGGUAAGCCCCAGGACAAGAAAGAUUCUCGUAGCCAGAGGAGCAACAAAGUGGACUUCUUCGCUGUGGAACUUCUAGAUGGAAAUCUCUAUCUUCUGCUGGACAUGGGAUCAGGAACGAUUAAAGUCAAAGCCACGCAGAGUAAGGUCAAUGACGGAGCCUGGCACCAUGUGGACAUCCAGAGAGAUGGAAGAUCAGGUAUCAUCUCUGUGAACAGCCGUCGGACUCCAUUCACAGCCAGUGGAGAGAAUGAGAUUCUAGACCUGGAGGGUGACCUAUAUCUCGGAGGUCUGCCAGACAACCGUGUUGGCCUGGUUCUUCCCACUGACCUGUGGACCGCUAUGCUGAACUAUGGCUAUGUGGGGUGCAUCCGUGAUCUCUUCAUAGACGGACGCAGUAAAGACAUUCGCCAGAUCGCAGAGGUACAGAACGGAGUCGGAAUUAAGCCGUCCUGCAGCAAAGUAACAGGCAAACAGUGUGACAGUAACCCCUGCAAAAACAACGGCAUCUGUAAAGAGGGCUGGAAUCGCUUCAUCUGUGACUGCACCGGGACCGGAUACUGGGAUCGAACCUGUGAGAGAGAGGCAUCUGUCCUAAGCUAUGAUGGCAGUAUGUAUAUGAAGGUGGUGAUGCCGACAGUAAUACAUACAGAGGCAGAGGAUGUGUCUCUGCGGUUUAUGUCCCAGCGUGCCUUUGGCCUGUUGAUGGCUGCCACGUCACGUGAGUCCGCAGACACACUGCGACUAGAGCUGGACAGCGGCCGUGUCAAACUGACCGUCAAUUUAGACUGUGGCAGGAUAAACUGUAACACCAGUAAAGGACCAGAGACAUUGUACGCUGGCCAAAAAGUGAACGACAAUGACUGGCACUCAGUCAAAGUGAUGCGGCGUGGUAAAAACCUCAAACUCAUGGUGGAUGAUGAUGUAGCUGAAGGUCAGAUGAAUGGUGACCACACUCGGCUGGAGUUCAGUAACAUCGAGACUGGAAUCCUGACAGAACGGCGCUUUGCCUCCACGGCUCCAUCCAACUUCAUUGGUCACCUGCAAGGCCUGAAGUUCAACGGCCUCCUCUAUAUUGACAUGUGCAAAAACGGAGACAUCGAAUUCUGCGAGCUCAAUGCUCGUUUCGGCAUGCGCUCCAUUGUGGCCGAUCCAGUUACAUUCAAGACCAAAGGAAGCUAUCUGGGUCUUGCUACACUCCAGGCUUACAGCACCAUGCACCUCUUCUUUCAGUUCAAAACUACCUCGGGUGAUGGAUUCAUUCUCUUCAACAGUGGAGAUGGGAAUGAUUUUAUUGCCGUGGAGCUUGUCAAGGGGUAUAUUCACUAUGUGUUUGACCUGGGAAAUGGACCGAGUCUUCUGAAGGGAAACAGCGACAGUCCUCUUAACGACAACCAGUGGCACAAUGUGGUGAUCACUCGAGACGCCAGCAACACACACACUCUAAAAGUGGACGCCAAGUCUGUCAGCCAGGUGGUCAACGGAGCGAAAAAUCUGGACCUGAAAGGUGAGCUGUUUGUGGCCGGUUUGGGACCGAACAUGUACCAGAAUCUGCCAAAGCUGGUGGUGUCUCGUGAGGGUUUCCAGGGCUGCUUAGCUUCCAUGGAUCUCAACGGCCGCCUGCCUGACCUCAUCAAUGAUGCUCUGUUCCGCAGUGGGCAGAUCGAACGUGGCUGUGAAGGGCCCAGCACUACAUGCCAGGAGGAUUCGUGCGCCAACAUGGGUGUGUGCAUCCAGCAGUGGGAGAACUUCACCUGCGACUGCUCCAUGACCUCUUACUCUGGCACCCAGUGCAAUGACCCUGGAGCUACAUACAUCUUUGGAAAGGGAGGAGGACUUAUCACAUACACAUGGCCCAAUAACGAGAGGCCCAGCACUAGAACCGAUAGACUGGCGGUGGGCUUCAGCAGCACCAUCAAGGACGGGAUUCUGGUCCGCAUUGACAGCGCCCCCAGACUAGGAGACUACAUCAUGCUCCAUAUCGUGAUUCUGAGAAGAUGUCUUUCAAACUUUAAAGGCAACAGCGACAAUGAGCGUUAUCAAAUGGCUAAUAAGAAAAUCCCGUUCAAAUAUACCCGGCCGGUCGAAGAUUGGCUACAUGAGAAAGGUCGUCAGCUGACCAUUUUUAACACCCAAGCCACCAUCUCAAUAGGCGGUAAUGACCGCAAGCGACCAUAUCAAGGCCAGCUCUCUGGUCUAUAUUACAAUGGCCUGAAGGUUCUCAACAUGGCAGCUGAAGGUCAUGCUAACAUCAAGAUAAAUGGCAGUGUGAGACUGGUGGGGGAUGUGCCCACCAGCAGAAGUCCCCCACGUACCACCACCUCCAUGCCCCCAGAGAUGUCCACCACCUUCAUCGAGACCACCACCACCCUGUCAACCACCACUACCCGCAAACAGCGCUCACCACCCACAAUUCAGACAACAGAUGACAUUGUGUCCUCUGCAGAAUGUUCCAGCGAUGACGAGGAUCUGGAGGAGUGUGACGGGGGACACACAGGAGGGGAGUUAGUUAUCCCUGUUCUAGUUGAGGAUCCCAUAGAUAUCCCCCCUGUUUCCACUCGAGCCCCUUUCAUCCCCCUUCCCCCGACCCUUCACCCCGUCCUCACCAUUAUUGAGACCACCAAAGAGUCCCUGUCAAUUGCCACCGAAGCGGGGGUACCUUGCUUGUCGGACCAAGGCAGCGAUGAUUGUGAUGAUGAUGAUGAUGAUGGUGAUGAUGGUGAUGGCUUGGUGAUAUCGGGGUUUGGCUCUGGGGAGGCCUUCGACUCUAGCCUCCCCCCUACUGACGAUGAAGAUUUUUACACCACCUUCUCCCUGGUAACAGAUAAGAUCUUGACCACGUCGACCUACGAAGGUGGCUACAAAGCUCUCGCGCCCAAGUGGGAAGUAAAGGACUUUAAACCUAGCAAGGCCUCUGAGGCAGGCAGGACUACGGCCAUCCCGCCUCUGCCUGACUUCAGGAGCUCAGCGGCAUCACCCGUCACGUCUGAGACCGCUCCUAAAAUCCCAGCUGGGAAAAUGAACAACCGUGAGAUCAAACCCCAACCGGACAUAGUGCUAUUACCACUCCCCACAUCUUUCGACAUGGACGGCACCAAACCGAGGGGGCCGUACAUCACCCAGCCCAUGUUGCGCACCAUUCCUAGUGCUCUGACCACCGUGCCAGGUAUCAGGAGAGUGCCUCCUGGUGCCUCGGAGGUAAUACGUGAGUCCAGCAGCACUACGGGUAUGGUGGUGGGUAUCGUCACUGCUGCCGCCCUGUGCAUCCUCAUUCUCCUCUAUGCCAUGUACAAAUACAGGAACAGGGACGAGGGCUCCUAUCAGGUAGAUGAAACGCGGAACUACAUCAGCAAUGCCGCACAGAAUAAUGGCACCGUAGUCAAAGACAAACAGCCCAGCACUAAGGGUGCCAGCAACAAGAGACCCAAAGACAAGGACAAGGAAUACUAUGUAUAAAACAAAAUCUGAAUGACAAAACAUA